GGCUCGGACCCAUCCCGCUCGCCCCACCCUCCCGCCACGCCACGCCCCGUCUCGUUUGCGGCGUUCCGCCCCCUCCUGGUACCCCGCUGGCUUGUAGGGCCGGCUACAGGCGUAAUGGGGACCGCCUCGUCGCUCGUGAGCCCCGCAGGCGGGGAAGUGAUCGAGGACACUUAUGGGGCGGGCGGUGGCGAGGCCUGCGAGAUCCCGGUGGAGGUGAAGCCCAAGGCCCGCCUGCUGCGCAGCUCGUUCCGCCGCGGCGGGGCAGCGGCGGCGGCGGGGGCAGGGCCCGGGUCGCUGCCCCGCGGGACGGGUGGUGGCGGGCUGCUGGGGGCUAGCUUUAAGUCUACCGGCUCGUCGGUGCCCGAGCUGGAGUACGCAGCGGCUGAGUACGAGCGGCUGAAGAAGGAAUACGAGAUCUUCCGGGUCAGCAAGAAUCAGGAGUUGUUGUCCAUGGGCCGCCGCGAGGCCAAGCUGGACACGGAGAACAAGCGCCUGCGGGCCGAGCUGCAGGCCCUUCAAAAAACUUAUCAGAAAAUACUUCGGGAAAAGGAAAGUGCUUUGGAAGCAAAAUACCAAGCAAUGGAGAGGGCAGCGACAUUUGAACAUGACAGAGAUAAAGUGAAAAGGCAAUUCAAGAUUUUUAGGGAGACCAAGGAAAAUGAAAUUCAGGACUUACUGAGGGCUAAGCGCGAGUUGGAGAGCAAACUUCAGAGGCUCCAGGCUCAGGGGAUCCAAGUAUUUGAUCCUGGAGAGUCUGAUUCAGAUGACAACUGUACAGACGUUACUGCUGCUGGAACCCAGUGUGAAUAUUGGACCGGAGGAGCCUUGGGAAGUGAACCUUCCAUAGGGAGUAUGAUCCAGCUUCAGCAGUCCUUCAGGGGCCCUGAGUUUGCCCAUAGUUCUAUAGAUGUGGAAGGACCCUUUGCAAAUGUCAACAGAGAUGACUGGGAUAUUGCUGUAGCUAGUUUAUUACAAGUUACUCCCUUGUUUUCACACUCUCUGUGGAGUAACGCUGUCAGAUGUUACCUCAUUUAUACAGAUGAAACCCAGCCGGAAAUGGAUCUUUUCCUUAAGGACUAUUCUCCUAAACUUAAAAGAAUGUGUGAGACAAUGGGAUAUUUUUUCCAUGCUAUAUAUUUUCCAAUAGAUAUUGAAAAUCAAUACCUUGCUGUAAGAAAAUGGGAAAUUGAGAAGAGUUCAUUAGUUAUUUUAUUCAUUCAUUUAACUUUACCAAGCCUUUUAUUGGAAGACUGUGAAGAAGCUUUUCUGAAAAACCCUGAAGGCAAACCGCGAUUAAUUUAUCAUCGCUUGGAGGAUGGGAAAGUCAGUUCUGACUCUGUCCAGCAAUUGAUUGAUCAAGUUUCUAACCUGAACAAGACCAACAAAGCCAAGAUUAUCGAUCACUCUGGAGAUCCUACAGAAGGAGUAUAUAAAACUUAUAUUUAUGUGGAAAAGAUUAUUAAACAGGACAUCCUGGGCUUUGAGAACACAGACCCAGAGACUAAGGAUUUGGGCAGUGAAGAUUCUGUUCCAGAAGAAGAGGAUUUUGGUGAUGUUCUGUGGGACAUACAUGAUGAACAAGAGCAAAUGGAAACUUUUCAACAAGCUACAAAUUCGGCCCAUGAGUUGGGAUUUGAGAAAUACUACCAACGCCUUAACGAUCUUGUGGCGGCCCCAGCACCAAUCCCACCCCUUCUUGUAUCUGGAGGACCAGGUUCUGGAAAGUCCCUUCUCUUAUCAAAGUGGAUUCAGUUACAACAGAAGAAUUCCCCUAACACGCUAAUUCUUUCUCAUUUUGUGGGAAGGCCCAUGUCAACCAGCUCCGAGUCCUCGUUGAUUAUUAAGCGACUAACUCUAAAGUUGAUGCAGCACUCUUGGUCAGUAUCUGCUCUGACACUGGAUCCGGCUAAGCUUCUGGAAGAAUUUCCGCGCUGGCUAGAAAAGCUCUCUGCCCGUCAUCAAGGCAGCAUCAUCAUCAUUAUUGAUUCUAUAGAUCAAGUUCAGCAAGUUGAAAAACACAUGAAAUGGCUGAUAGAUCCACUGCCAGUGAAUGUAAGAGUAAUUGUUUCUGUGAAUGUAGAAACAUGCCCUCCAGCAUGGAGGUUGUGGCCUACACUUCAUCUUGAUCCUUUAAAUCCAAAAGAUGCAAAAUCUAUUAUAAUUGCAGAAUGCCACUCUGUGGACAUUAAAUUGAGUAAGGAGCAGGUUCAGGAGAAGAAGCUAGAACGACACUGUCGUUCUGCUACGACCUGCAAUGCCCUUUAUGUCACCCUUUUCGGCAAAAUGAUUGCACGUGCUGGGAGAGCAGGCAAUUUAGAUAAAAUCCUUCAUCAGUGUUUCCAGUGUCAAGAUACUAUUUCAUUAUAUAGACUUGCUCUGCGAUCUAUCCAGGAGUCCUUGGCAAAUGAUAUGGAUAAAGAACUAAUGAAACAGAUUCUCUGCCUCAUAAAUGUUAGUCACAAUGGCGUGAGUGAGUCAGAACUGAUGGAACUGUACCCUGAGCUGUCCUGGGCUGUCUUGACGUCCCUUAUUCACAGUUUACACAAAAUGUGCUUAUUGACUUAUGGUUGUGGCUUGCUCAAGUUUCAACAUCUACAGGCUUGGGAAACAGUAAGACUGGAAUACAUGGACGGUCCUACCAUUAUUUCUUCAUGUAGGCAGAAGCUAAUCAACUAUUUCACCAUGCAGCUAAGUCAGGACCGAGUGACUUGGAGAAGCGCAGAUGAACUCCCUUGGCUUUUUCAGCAGCAGGGAAGUAAACAGAAGUUGCAUGAUUGCCUUCUCAAUCUCUUUGUGUCUCAAAACCUUUAUAAAAGAGGGCACUUUGCUGAGUUGCUGAGUUACUGGCAGUUUGUUGGCAAGGACAAAAGCGCAAUGGCAGCAGAAUACUUUGAUUCAUUGAAGCAGUAUGAGAAAAACUGCGAAGGCGAGGAGAAUAUGAUUUGCUUGGCUGAUCUUUAUGAAACCCUGGGGCGAUUUCUCAAGGAUCUAGGCCUCCUCAGUCAGGCUGUGGUGCCUUUGCAGAGGUCUCUGGAAAUUCGAGAAACAGCUUUAGAUCCAGAUCACCCGAGAGUAGCUCAGUCCCUCCACCAACUAGCAAGCGUGUAUGUGCAGUGGAAGAAGUUUGGCAAUGCAGAACAGCUGUAUAAACAGGCGUUAGAAAUCUCCGAAAAUGCUUAUGGUGCGGAACAUCCCCAUAUUGCUCGUGAACUUGAGGCACUUGCAACUUUGUACCAGAAACAAAAUAAAUAUGAGCAAGCUGAACAUUUUAGGAAAAAAUCCUUUAAAAUUCGUCAGAAGGCUACAAGGAGAAAAGGCAACUCGUAUGGAUUUGCCCUCUUACGUAGACGAGCCCUGCAGUUAGAAGAGCUAACGUUAGGAAAGGACACACCUGACAAUGCUCGGACCCUCAAUGAGCUGGGCGUUCUCUACUAUCUUCAGAAUAACCUGGAAACAGCUGACCAGUUUCUAAAGCGGUCUUUAGAAAUGAGAGAGCGAGUUCUAGGACCAGAUCACCCCGACUGUGCCCAGUCUUUAAAUAAUCUGGCAGCUCUCUGCAAUGAAAAGAAACAGUAUGAUAAAGCAGAAGAACUUUAUGAAAGAGCUUUAGACAUUCGGAAACGAGCAUUAGCUCCUGAUCACCCUUCUUUGGCCUAUACAGUGAAGCAUCUUGCCAUCUUGUAUAAGAAAAUGGGUAAACUUGACAAAGCUGUACCUUUGUAUGAGUUGGCUGUUGAAAUUCGGCAGAAAUCCUUUGGCCCAAAGCACCCCAGUGUAGCUACUGCCCUGGUGAACUUAGCUGUUCUCUAUAGCCAAAUGAAAAAACACAUUGAAGCCUUGCCAUUAUAUGAGAGAGCAUUAAAGAUUUAUGAAGACAGCCUGGGUCGGAUGCAUCCUCGAGUUGGAGAAACAUUAAAGAAUUUAGCCGUGCUUAGCUAUGAAGAAGGGGAUUUUGAAAAAGCUGCUGAACUAUACAAAAGGGCGAUGGAAAUAAAAGAAGCAGAAACGUCACUCUUGGGUGGAAAAGCUCCUUCCCGACACUCCUCAAGUGGAGACACAUUUAGCUUAAAAACAACCCAUUCUCCUAAUGUUUACCUUCAAGGACAGAGGUAAUAGCAAUUACAAUUCAAUGCAAAUGCACCUUAGGAUAAAAUAAUUAAGAAACAUUUGGAACAUAAUUUAAAACAAUGUUUUUUUAAUUUUGUGUGAUUUAACUGAUAUUUGCAUGAAAUUGCAUAGGACUACAUUAAAGUUUGAGUCAUGAUUGUGUCAGUGUUAGCUGCUUCAAAGAAUUAACUUUCCUAAUGUAUGGGAUCCACGGAUGUGGACACAUUAGAACCCUAAAAUGACAUGAAGAAUUGAUCAUGAAGAGUGGAUUGUUCUGCUCAAAAAAAGCUUGCAUAGCCGUGAAGACAAGGAAUUCAAUUCCAUAAUUCUUUCAUGUCUCAAGAGCUAUAAUGUUAGCCUCACCAUUCCUGGUCAUGCUUUUCAGCAGUAGCCUCGCCCAAAUCUCUACCUCAAAGAAAAAUUUCAAGGAAUAAAGGGAGAACGUUUAUGAAAGGUUUGAAUUGUUUUCUGAACUAGUAAUAGUUGUCUCUGACUGCUACAUGUUUUAAAAUUCUACCUUUUCCAUGAGCAGGCUGGGCCAAACCCUCUGCUUUCUACUCUGUCUACAUUGUUCUGAUGUGUUAUAUGUAUCUGCAUAAUCUGAAGUUAUUAAUGCAACAAGGCAAGCUCUUAGCAUUCUUUGACCCCCCCCCAAAAAACAGGGACAGAACAGUCUCCUUUCUUAAAUGGCCUAAAUCUAUCUCUUCAUUUAUUUCAAACUCAGAUUAGUCUAUUUUAUGUUGAAAAUGAAGUAUGUUUUACACGUUUUAUAAAUGCUGUCACAUUUUGGUUUUGCACCAUUUAUGUAUUUAUAUAUAAUAAAACCUUCAAUUUUAAUACCGGUAAGAUUCCAACAUAUUAAUUGUAAUGGUGAAAGAUGAAAUAACCAUCACUUCACUGUUUUAAAAUAAAAGUGCAGUUUCAAGGUUUUUUCUCACUUUAUACGAGAGAGUUGUAGUUACAUAAUUAAUAAAUACUUUGAACAUUACAAAAAAUACUUGAAAAAUAUCCAUACUGAGUGGUUUGCUCAAAUUGGUUUUGGCGACUUUAUAGGGUUUUGGUUAAUGUUCGGUAAGCCUUGGCUACACAUAGGGUGGUCCAUGAACCAGGAUCAUCAGUACCACCUGGGAGCUUAUGAAAAAUUAAGACUGGAGAGCCUCUCCUCAGACUUACUAAAUCAGAAUCUGCAAUUUGGCUAGAUCUCCAGGUGAUUCAUAUGCAUCUAAGUCUGAGCAGCAGAGGUCUGAUUUUUAAGGCACUGUAGUGGUGAUUUAGAAGAAAUUUGACAGGAUCUUAUAAAAUGAGCCUCCUCCUUCCCCUUUUGAGAGAAGUGCAAGAGAAAAAAAGA